UUCAAAUACUACACUAAAACCAAUAUAAAAGAACACUUUGCAAAAAUAAUCUGCAUUUUUCAUCGAUGGGUCCAAGUGCGCUUGUUAUACUUUUCUCUCUUUUCUCCUUUCUCACUUCAACUCUCCCUGCUCACUCCCAUCAACACCCACUAGACCCUAUAACACCAUCAGAAUUCUUUCAUAUCCAAACCAUAAUCAGUAACUCAUAUCCUAGUUCAACACACAACUUAACUUUCCAAUAUGUUGGUUUAGAAGAACCAAACAAAUCAACAAUCCUUUCAUGGAUUCAUUGUUCGUGCUCGACAGAGAAAAACAACCCACCUUGCAAAUCCUUUAUUAUAAUACGAAUCAACAAAGAAACACACGAAAUCAUCGUGGAUUUGUUGCAAAGAUCAAUCAUCUCUGAUAAAGUUUAUACUGGUCAUGGUUAUCCACCUCUUACGUUGGAAGAACAGACAGCAGCCAACCAACUUGUUUUAACAUACCCGCCUUUUAUACGUUCCGUUAAGAAAAGAAAACUCAAAUUAUCAGAAGUUGUUUGCUCAUCUUUUACAGUUGGAUGGUUUGGAGAGGAAAAUGUUCAGAGAAACAUAAAAAUUCAGUGUUUCUAUUUGGAUGGAACAGUGAAUUUUUAUGCUAGACCCAUUGAAGGGGUAACUAUUGUGGUUAACCUUGAUGAGAUGAAAGUAACAGAAUACACUGAUAGGAUAACGGUCCCUAUUCCUAAAGCUGAGGGAACUGACUAUAGGAAAUCGAAAUCAAAACAGUCAAAGGAUGUUAUGGCAAUGCAAGAUGGACGCUGCUUCGACAUUGAUGGUCAUUCUGUAAGUUGGGCAAAUUGGAAAUUCCACUUAAGUUUCGAUGUGCGGGCAGGACUCAUAAUAUCUUUGGCAUCAAUUUAUGAUCAAGAAAAAGAAAAGUUUCGUCCUGUCCUGUACAAAGGAUUUAUUUCAGAACUUUUCACACCAUAUAUGGACCCAACAGAAGAAUGGUAUUACAGGACAAUUUUUGAUGCCGGUGAAUUUGGUUUAGGACGAUAUGCGUCUCAACUCGAACCCCUUAAAGACUGUCCAGCCAAUGCAGUUUUCAUGGAUGGGUACUAUGCUGGACAAGACGGCAAGCCGGUAGAAAUUAAAAACGUUUUUUGUAUUUUUGAAAAAUAUGCCGGAGAUAUCAUGUGGCGUCAUACCGAAACUAGUAUUCCUGGUGAAGUUAUAAGGGAGGUCAGAAAAGAGGUGACCUUAGUAGCAAGGAUGGUUUCCACUGUUGGCAACUAUGACUACAUUAUUGACUGGAAAUUCCAAGAGAGUGGCUCCAUUAAAGUUGAGGUAGGUCUAACUGGAAUCCUAGGAAUGAAGGCUACGGAAUACACCCACAAAGACCAAAUCAAGGAGGACAUUUUUGGUACCCUAUUAGCUGACUAUACUGUAGGGGUACACCACGAUCAUUUCGUAACGUACUAUCUUGAUCUCGACGUUGAUGGUGACAACAAUUCCUUUGUGAAAUCCACCUUGAAAACAAAGAGAGUUGCAGGUGAUACCUCCAAAAGGAAGAGUUAUUGGACAGUGGUUAAAGAAACAGCCAAAACUGAAUCAGAUGCAAAGAUAAAACUGGGAGCGGACGCUAUAGAAUUGGUUGUAGUAAACCCAAAUAAGAAAACUAAAAUGGGGAAUGACGUCGGAUACCGUAUGAUUCCAGGACGACAACAAGCGAGUUCGCUUUUGUCAGAAGAUGAUUAUCCUCAGAUUCGUGCUGCAUAUACAAAGUAUCAUGUUUGGGUGACCCCUUAUAAUAAGUCUGAAAAAUGGGCUGCUGGAUUAUAUGUUGAUCAGAGUCGUGGUGAUGAUACAUUGGCCGUUUGGAGUAGCAGGAAUAGGGAGAUAGAAAACAAGGAUAUUGUUUUGUGGUACACAGUGGGGUUUCACCAUAUACCUUGUCAAGAAGAUUUCCCCGUAAUGCCAACUCUCAGCGGUGGAUUUGAGCUUCGACCUACGAAUUUCUUUGAAAGAAAUCCAGUCCUUAACAGCAUGAGUUCCCCUAAGCUUUGAAAAUCCCACUAUUGUGGAGACUGUUUCGCUUGUUUGACACUGGGUACCUAAAAACGGAUCAUUGGGACACCCUUGCACUAUACUAGCUUCUCCUCCUCCCCUAUUGUACCUCUAUCAUAUCUGAGUGACUUACUACUGUUGCAAAGUUUGUAUUUGAAUAGAAUAAAUUGAAAGUUGAAACUGUUGUCCGAUAAGUUAAUGGGAUUCUUAAUAAAAUGCCAACGUGGGGAAAUGCAUUUAACAAAAUGUCCACGUUUUUUUUAUAA